UAUGAAGGGAGUGAGAUUUUAGAAAUAGAGCGAUAGUAUUACUAUUAACAAUCCGAAUAAAAUGUUCCUGUGAUUCAGUCCAGAUCGAAAGUAAACUCAGUUGAAUCCAAUGGAGGAAUUCCCGGAGGAGCUUCGUACGCCGCCGGUAGCUCUUUCCUGCCUCAUCGGCUGCCCCGACGUCCAUCCCCUUAUUACUGCGCACCUCCACUCCCAGCAGCCCCCAAUCAAUGCCAUCGCAUUGCCCGAUUUCUCUAACAUCUCUAUCAUCCCUCCGAAGAAGCCCUCCAGAGACACUUCAGAUCCCCCAGCCGGCAUCAUAAAGCGCGAUUGGUUCUCCAAGCAUCGCACCAGGAUUCCCGCCGUCGUCGCUGCCAUUUUUUCCUCGCGCGAUGUCUCCGGCGAUCCCGCUCAGUGGCAACAACUUUGCUCCGACCUUGACAGACUCAAGGCGUCGAUCCGUGGCAGGAACAUCAAAUUGGUGGUUCUGGUUGUCACUAAGUGGAAUGAUAAAGAUAACACAAGUGAAGAACGUAUACUUGCCUUGAGAAAACGCGCAGAAAUAGAUUCAAAAAAUCUGAUCAUUUUUGUACCGGAUCAUGAACCAGAGCUUCAACAAUGUCUUAGCAGGCUUUGGACUGUGUUGGGAGAACUGGCUAACGCAUAUUAUAGGGACGAAGGUCGAAGAGUAAGAUCACGCCUUGAAAAGAAAAAUUACACCUCAAUGGAGCUAAAUGUUCGGUACUGUUUCAAGGUUGCUAUAUAUGCAGAAUUUAGAAGGGACUGGCUCGAAGCUCUCAAGUUAUAUGAGGAUGCAUAUCAUGCAUUGCGGGAGAUGGUUGGAACAUCAACUAGAAUGCCUCCAAUCCAACGCCUGGUUGAGAUCAAGGCAGUUGCCGAACAACUGCAUUUUAAAAUGUCAACGAUAUUGCUGCAUGGCGGAAAAGUUCUUGAAGCAAUUACAUGGUUCCGUCAGCACACUGCUAAUUAUAGAAAACUUGUAGGAGCACCAGAAGUUAUAUUUCUUCAUUGGGAAUGGUUAAGCAGACAGUACAUGGUAUUUGCUCAACUGUUGGAGACAAGCUCACCCAAUGCUCUGCUUGUUCCAAGUACGGCCUCUGUUGCGGAAGAAAAACCAACGGAAUGGGAAUUCCAUCCAGCUUACUACUAUCAGUUGGCAGCUAGUUACCUCAAGGAAAAGAAUACAUGUCUGGAAUUUGCACUAUCUAUGUCCAUAGAUGUUGGUGCAUUUGAUGGCAGUGCAGAGUCUGUUGUGGCUUCUGCGUAUCUUGGGCAGUAUUCCAGGUUGCUUGAGCAUGAAGAUGCCUUCAUAAUGCAGCCUUUGACGGAUAUGGAAUAUUCCCAUUAUGCACUUGCAGAAGGGAAACGAUUCAAGGAUUCCUUUGAAAUCAUUGCCCUCCUAAAGAAAUCGUUUGAAGCAUACAGUAGCUCAAAAGCUGAAAGAACAGCUGCCUAUUGUGGACUGCAGAUGGCUAGAGAAUACUUUUCCCUAAAUGACUUCAGUAAUGCCAAGCAAAUCUUUGACAGUGUAGCAAAUCUUUACCGACGUGAAGGCUGGCUAUUGUCAUUGUGGGAAGUCUUGGGGUACUUACGAGAGUGCUCAAAGGGUAUGAGUUCAGCCAAAGACUUCAUAGAAUAUUCACUUGAAAUGGCUUCUUUGCCUGAAACAACCGGUUCUUCGGAGUCGUUCUCUAAGGACUGUGGUCCAGCAGGGCCUGCAACUCCUUCACAGAGAGAAAAGAUACACAAGGAAGCAUUUGAGGUUGCCAGAGGUGAGUCAGAACUUAAUUCCGACGAACAGAACAGUGCUAUUAAAGUAAAAAGUGAUCAUCCCAUUUAUCUUGAGAUUGAUCUUAUUAGUCCAUUAAGGGUGACUCUCCUAGCUCUAGUUGCCUUUCAUCAGCCAAUGGUUAAGCCUGGUGGUCAAUCUCUCAUCACUAUAUCACUUCGAUCCCAAUUGCCGAUAAAUGUUGAGAUUGAUCAGUUGGAGGUGCAAUUCAAUCAAUCAGAGUGUAAUUUUGUUAUUACAAAUGGUCAGAAGCCACAGAUAAGUUCAAUCGACAUUGUACAACCGGGUCACAGGGUUGAGACAGCUCCUGAUCUGGUGCUUGCAACAAACAAAUGGUUACGACUGACUUAUGAUAUAAAAUCUGAUCUGAGUGGAAAACUUGAAUGCAUACAUGUAAUUGCUAGAAUAGGACCAAACUUCACAAUAUGCUGCAGAGCUGAAAGUCCUGCAUUGAUGAAUGAUUCACCACUUUGGAAAUUUGAGAACCGGCUGGAAACUAUUCCCAUCAAGGAUCCAGGUCUGGCAUUAUCUGGACAGAAGGCUAUACAAGUUGAAGAACCAGAGCCACAAGUGGAUUUGAUUUUAGAUUCGUCUGGCCCUGCAUUGGUUGGAGAAAGCUUUAUUUUACCCGUGAGAGUUGCCUCCAGAGGACAUGCAGUGCAUUCAGGUGAAUUAAAAAUUAAUCUUGUAGAUACAAGAGGUGGUGGUCUUCUUAGUCCAAGGGGAGAAGAAUCGUUCUCAUCUGACAAUAUCCAUGUUGAGCUUGUUGAUAUCUCCUGUGAUGCACCUCAAGAUAAGUCUGGAGCUCCUUCCGACAAAAUUCAGAAAAUUCAGCCAUCUUUUGGAUUAAUAUCUGUCCCAUCCUUGGAUAUGGGGGAGUCAUGGUCGUGCAAACUGAAAAUUAAGUGGAACCAUCCUAAGCCUAUUAUGCUUUAUGUCUCAUUAGGAUACCUCCCUCAGAGUGAUGAACCUAGUUUGCAGAAAGUGCAUGUCCACAAAAGCUUGCAGAUUGAAGGGAAAAUUGCUGUUGCAAUCAGCCAUCGGUAUAUGCUUCCUUUUAGGCAGGAUCCUCUUUUGCUGUCGAAGCUCAAGUCAGUUACAGAGACUGAUCAAACACCCUACCUUGCUUUAAAUGAAAAAACAUUGCUUGUAAUCAGCGUUAAGAAUAGUUCAGAGGUUCCCCUGAGAUUGCUAUCUAUGUCCAUUGAGACGGAAGAGAAAAGUGUUGCUUGCACUAUACAACCUCAGCAGGAAGAGUUCAGGGAAGCCGUAGUCAAUAUGCCAGGGGAAGAGUUCAAGAAGGUUUUCACCAUCAUUCCUAAAGUGAAUUCGACUAAGCUGAAGAUUGGUACUGUGAGUCUGAGAUGGGAAAGGGAUUCUAACGACACUUCAUCUCAAGUUACAAAAUAUAGACUUCCUGACGUGAACGUGGAGCUACCUCUGUUGGCUGUGAGUGUAGAAUGUCCACCUCAUGCCUUUCUUGGAAACCCUUUUCUGUAUUCAGUGAAGAUUCUCAAUCAGACGGAGAUGCUUCAAGAGAUCAAAUGCUCGAUAUCAGACUCACAGAGCUUCGUCCUAUCGGGCCCCCACAGUGAUACAAUGCUUGUCCUGCCGAGAUCAGCCCAGGUUCUCACGUACUUGCUUGUACCCUUGGGAUUAGGGUCGCUACAGCUUCCUAGAGUUACUGUAGCCUCUGUGAGAUAUUCUGCUGGUCUGCUGCCAUCCACUGCGUCGUUGCUUGUCUUCGUCUACCCAACCAAGCCCCAUGUUGAUCUCAAGCCGCCCGGUGAGGCUUGAACCCAGUCGUCUCUCCAACUCCUUCGGUAACACCAAACCUGGCUGAAGUCCUAUUCAAAGUCACAUGGCGCGUUAAAAUACCGUUUUUGUUUCUUUUUUUUUUUUGUAAUUACCAAGGUUAUUCAUCGGCGGGUUCAAUAACUAUUCCCCGCUUUUUUCUUUUAAUUUUUUGUUAAGCGGUGUAUUCAACUCAGAUGGGACUAGAGAAGUUCAUAUUGUUCGAGUAUAAUGCAUACAUGGGCCACAAUUUGAUCAA